UUAACUGCCACUGUUCUAUUCAUAACAGAAAUUUGAGUUCUCAAACAAGCUUAAAUUCCAAAUUCUCUCCCUUAUGCAAAACCCUUCCAGCUCUCUCUUCUUCAUGUUGCCAUCUUUUGACCGUGGUUUAGCAGUGCAUGGGCGGUGGCCACGCUCCCACAGACCCGCCGGAAAAGGAGGAGGAGGAGCGACCGUCGCUCCUUCCUUCAAUGGACGGUUUACGGCUCGCUGAGGCUCCUAUACUUCUCCUGGUUUACUUCCAUUUUGCUAUAAGAGCGGAGCUAGCUGAGCUCCGGCGCGUGGCGGUUGCUGCUGCUGCGGAUGAGAAGAGCGAGUCACAUUCGCGGGAAUUAGUAGUUGAACUGUCUGGAAGGUUCCAGUUUCUUAAGCUUGUUUAUAAGUAUCACUGCGCUGCUGAAGAUGAGGUUGUCUUUCUAGCACUGGAUGCACAUGUUAAAAAUGUGGCAUGUACGUAUUCGCUUGAGCAUGAAAGUAUAGACACGCUCUUUGGUUCUGUUUUCUGUUGCUUGAAUGCAUUGGAGGAAAGUAAAAAUAUCUCCAAAGCAUUACAAGAACUCGUAUUUUGCAUUGGCACCAUCCAAUCCUCUAUUUGCAAGCAUAUGCUGAAAGAAGAAAAGCAGGUUUUCCCUCAGCUGGUGAAUCAGUUUUCUUCCCAGCAACAAGCUUCUCUGGUGUGGCAGUUCAUUGGGAGUAUCCCCAUAAUUCUGCUGCAGGAUUUUCUUCCGUGGAUGAUCUCCUUUUUUCAUCCACAAGAGCAAGAAGAAAUUAAAAAUUUUAUAAAAGAAGUUGUACCAAAGGAAAAAUCAUUGCAGGAGGUGGUACUAUCUUCACUUGGCAAGAAACACCAGACCAUUUUUGGGUUUCACACUGAGCUUGCAAAAGGAGUUGGACCACUUGAUGGAACAACCUCUAUCAAAGGCAAAUUCGAAUUCAAUUUCAUCAAGAGGCCUCUUGGGUGGAAGGAAGUGCAUUGUUUCCAAACAAAUGAUGGAAAUAAUCCAGUUGACAGUCUACUUCUGUGGCAUGGUGCCAUUCAAAAAGAUUUGAAAGAAAUUCUAUCAGAGCUGCAUCAAUUAAAAAUAUCAAGAUGCUUUCAAAAUCUAGAUUUUAUUGUUCUCCGACUGAAAUUCCUUGCAGAUGUCCUAAUCUUCUACAGCAAUGCAUUGGAGAAGUUCUUUUACCCUGUCUUGGUUGAUAUUUCCAACAUUCAGCUGUCUCUGCCCACCCAACAUCUCUAUAUUGCGAGUCAUAUUGAACAGUUACAGUACUUGCUGCAUUAUAAUGAUCAAAAGGGAAUACAAACAAAUAAGUUUGUAGAGAAGCUGUGUCAGAAACUGGGGUCCUUUGUGAUGAAUGUUGACAAACAAUUUAGUUUACAAGAAAAGGAGGUAUUUCCUGUCAUUAGCAAGAACUGCAGUGAAGAAAUGCAGCAGCAGCUUCUGUGCAUGAGCCUUCAUGUGUUACCACUUGGGUUGCUAAAAUGUGUGGUCACCUGGUUUGCUGCUCAUUUAUCUGAGGAUGAAUCUAGGUCCAUUCUGCAGAUUUUAAAUCAGGGAAGUUCUUUGAUCAAUAAAUCUUUUGCAUCCCUCCUAUUGGAUUGGUUCCAUAUAGGUUAUUCAGGAAAAACCUCUGUUGAAAGUUUCAGGAGGGACUUGGAGAAAAUGUUCAGCAGCAGAUGCUCUUCUCUUUCUAUGCCAAUUGAGGAAGAUGCUGAAUCUUCUUCAUUACCUUCAGAUAUGUUACUUUGUAAAGGAUCUAAAUCUAAGCUAAUUAAACCACUUUUUGUCAACAAGGGAAAGAAGGGUUUCUCCUUUUCUUCAGCCAGCUCCCAUGGCACUAAUCACUUUGACACAUCAUACUGCAGUGGAAUCAAUCUGCAGAUAUUUUUCCCCAAAACAAUAAGGGAUUUAUACUCUUUUUCAAACUUUCCUGGUGAAAAGAGUUGUGCUGAUUCUGAUAUCAAUGAACCAAUACCAAUGGAUCUAAUUUUCUUCUUCCAUAGGGCACUAAAGAAAGAUUUGGAUUAUCUUGUCCUUGGUUCAGCUCAGCUGGCCGAAAAUGUUGGGUUUCUCACAGAGUUCCGCCAACGCUUCCAUUUGAUACAAUUCUUAUAUCAGAUCCACAGUGAUGCAGAAGAUGAGGUGGCUUUUCCAGCUUUGGAAGCAAGGGGGAAACUCAGAAACAUCAGCCACUCUUACGCACUGGACCAUAAAAUGGAAGUUGAAAACUUCAGUAAAAUAUCCCUCAUUUUAGAUGAGAUAUAUGAAUUGGACAUUAUAUCUUCUAGUGGUGAAUCAAUUAUGCUGGACAGGGAGGCGAAGCACCAGCAGCUGUGUAUUAAUCUCCAAGAUACAUGCAAAUCAAUGCAUAAGUUACUCUCUGAUCAUGUGCAUCGUGAAGAAGUUGAACUUUGGCCCUUAUUUAGAGAAUGUUUCUCCCUUGAGGAGCAAGAAAAGAUCAUAGGAAACAUGCUUGGAAGAACAGGAGCAGAAAUAUUAAAAGAUAUGAUGCCCUGGCUUAUGGCAUCUUUGACUCCGGAUGAACAGCAAGUUGUUAUGUCCUUAUGGCACAAGGCUACUAGAAAUACAAUGUUUGAUGAAUGGUUAGGAGAAUGGUGGGAAGGACAUAAAAUAGCCAAGGCAGCAGAGGAGUCAACUACUCCUUGGAUUGCAGAUCCAUUGGUGAUUAUCUCAACAUAUUUGCCCAAAGCACUUGACGAACAAGAAGCCAUCUGUGACAAUUUCUUAAGAGCUAGUUCCAUUGGCGCUGAUAUUGAGCUGUUAGGAAUGCCCAAUAUGGAUGAUAAAGUAAAGGUUUUUAAAGGAGAUGAUAACUGCUCUGAAUGUUCAGAAUGUUCAGGACUGUUUAGUAGUAGCAAUGACAAGCUAUGCAAUGAAGCAGCUGAUCUGAUGACCAAUGAGCCAGGUCAAAAAGUGACUCAGAACUCUGGGCAAUGCAAGCACCUACUGACAAUGAGUCAAGAAGAUCUAGAGGCUGCCAUAAGAAAAGUUUCCUCUGACACAUCCUUAGAUCCGGAAAAGAAAUCGCAUGUGAUGCAGAACUUGCUAAUGAGUCGUUGGAUUCUUAAGCAACAGAUAUAUAAUUUAGAAGUAAACAAGUCAAAAAAUGGAGAAGAAACUCCAGGUCAGUAUCCAUCUUAUCGGGACCCUCUGAAACUAGCUCUGGGUUGCAAACACUACAAGAGGAACUGUAAGCUUUUUGCCGCAUGUUGCAACCAGCUUUACACAUGCAUUCGUUGCCAUGAUGAGGUGGCUGAUCAUUCAUUGGAGAGAAAAUCUGUCACAAAAAUGAUGUGCAUGAAAUGCUUGAUAAUUCAGCCAAUUGGAUCCACGUGCUCAACUGUUUCCUGCAAUAAUCUAACCAUGGGAAAAUAUUAUUGCAGGAUAUGUAAGUUAUUUGAUGAUGAAAGGGAAAUUUAUCACUGUCCUUACUGUAACCUCUGUCGAGUGGGGAAAGGAUUGGGUAUUGACUACUUUCAUUGCAUGAAUUGCAAUGCCUGCAUGUCACGAUCUUUAUCACUUCACGUAUGCAGAGAAAAGUCUUUUGAGGAUAAUUGCCCUAUUUGCCAUGAAGACAUCUUCACCUCCACUGCUCCAGUAAAGGCACUUCCAUGUGGACAUAUGAUGCACUCGAUUUGUUUUAAGGAGUAUACUUGUACACACUACACCUGCCCAAUCUGUAGCAAAUCACUUGGGGACAUGCAGGUCUAUUUUAAGAUGUUGGACGCAUUGUUGGUUGAAGAGAAAAUUCCAGAUGAAUAUCAUGGCCGAACUCAGGUCAUACUGUGCAAUGACUGUGAGAAAAGAGGAACUGCUCCCUUCCAUUGGCUAUAUCACAAGUGUUCGAACUGUGGCUCUUAUAACACCAGGCUUCUAUGAUUCUGUAAGUAUAGAUGAUUGCUUCUCAAGAGUGUACGAAGAUGAGCUCAAUGAAAGUAUUCGAUUCUUGCCAUAUUAGUUUUGUUGGCAACUUUCUUGCCGAUCAAAAUACUAAUUGUAGCCCUCGCCCUGGCCAUAGCCCCAUGAGGAUAUCUAGGGGUUUAUUUCUUCUUGAUGUAUAUCCAUUUGAAAAUUCUACC